UCGCAAAGUAUAGCCUGCAGUUUAUUUCAACUGGCAGUAGCGCGGUCAUCUUUUCCAGGAAUUUUCUGACCCACAUCACCAAGGACAUGGCGGCAGAGCCUAAGAAGAUCAUCAUAGACACCGACCCUGGUAUUGACGAUGCCAUGGCAAUUUUCGUAGCAUUAAGAUCGCCUGAAGUGGAGGUGAUUGGUCUUACUACCAUAUUUGGAAAUGUUUAUACUACAUUGGCCACCAGAAAUGCAUUGCACUUGUUGGAAGUUGCAGGAAGGACUGGUGUCCCGGUGGCCGAGGGAUCCCAUGUUACAAUCACUAACGGAACAAAAAUUCGUGUUGCUGAUUUUGUCCAUGGCGCUGACGGACUUGGCAACCAAAAAUUUCCUCCCCCAAAAGGAAAGGCAAUUGCACAGUCAGCAGCUGCUUUUCUUGUCGAGCAGGCUAACCGUUAUCCUGGGAAAGUUACUGUCGUAGCAUUGGGCCCACUCACAAAUAUUGCACUGGCUAUACAACAAGAUCCUGCAUUUGUAAGAAACAUUGGGCAGAUUGUUAUUCUUGGUGGUGCCUUUUCCUUAAAUGGAAAUGUGAAUCCAGCAGCAGAGGCCAAUAUUUUCGGUGAUCCGGAUGCUGCAGAUAUUGUAUUUACGAGUGGAGCAGAUAUCUUGGCCAUAGGGAUUAAUGUUACUCAUCAGAUUAUUUUGACAGAUGCAGACCAUGACAAGUUGACACAAUCAAAUGGAAAAUUUGCUCAAUACUUGUGCAAAAUCUUGGAUGUUUACUUCAAGUAUCAUCAUGACGCUUACGGCAUCAAAGGUGUCUACCUUCAUGACCCCGCAACUAUUCUUGCGGCCAUAAAUCCUUUCCUUUUCACUUACACAGAAGGGGUUGUUAGAGUCCAGAUCAGUGGCAUCACUAGGGGGCUUACAGUAUUGUAUAACAAACAAAAGAAGUUUGCCGAAGUUACGGAGUGGACUGAUAAGCCAACGGUAAAGGUGGCAGUCACUGUUGAUGCACCUGCUGUUGUCAAAUUGAUUAUGGACCGGCUUCUGGACUCAUGAAGAUUUCAGGAUUAUGACAGAUCUUGCUGAUGGAAUUUGCUUCAAUUCUGCUGACUUGUCGUUUUCUGAAAAAUGAAAAUAAAAAAUACAUGUAAAACAAGCAUACAAUUCUUUUUUUUUUUCAUUUCAAAAUUUUAAAAUACAUACAUGUUGUUGUGUUUUAUUUCUUUUAUAUGGGAUCAUGUUCCAAAAUAAUUAAGGAAGCCACUGAAAUGUCAAACAUUAUUUAAGGAUAUUUUUCUUCUAUUUCAAGUUUGCCUAUAUGGUUGCUUUAA